AAUUGGAGAGAAGAAAACUGAGUGGUUGGAAAAAAGCGGGGAUAAAUAAAUGAAAAGGUAAAAACAAAUGAUAGCAAUCAUACUCUUCUUGAUAAUACUAAUAACAAUAUAACAAUAUCUUCCAGUCUCCAGUGGCAUAUAAAUAAAACCCCAUUGGACAGGUGGAGUGCUAGUUUUUCUUCUACUCCCUGUAGCUUAGCUGCCUCGCACCACCACCACCACACAAAAAUCCAAACCUUUCUUCCUCCCCGUCGGCCAUGGCGACGGACCAUCAUGGCAGCAGCCACCACCAGCCUCUCGUCGGCCACCGCUCCACUUCACUCGGCGAGUUCAAUUCCGAAGCCAGCGAGGAGCUGGAGAACAAGCUCUCCGACCGCACCUUGCCCCUCAUCAACCGCCUCGCCGCCGCCUCCUGGAUCGAGUGGAAGCUCCUCUUCCACCUGGCCGCCCCUUCCACCGUCGUCUACGUCACCGGCUUCAUGAUGUCCAUGUCCACCCAGAUGUUCUCCGGCCACCUCGGCAACCUCGAGCUCGCCGCCGCCUCCCUAGGCAACAACGGCAUCCAGCUCUUCGCCUACGGCAUCAUGUGGGGCCUGGGGAGCGCGGUGGAGACGCUGUGCGGGCAGGCGUACGGGGCGCAGAAGUACGAGAUGAUGGGGAUCUACCUGCAGCGUUCGUUCGUGCUGCUGUCCCUGGUGGGAGUCGGGGUGAGCGUGAUGUACGUGUUCUCCCGGCAGCUCCUGCUGCUGCUGGGGCAGUCGGAGGCGAUCGCGACGGCGGCGAGCCUGUACGUGUACGGGCUGAUCCCGCAGAUCUUCGCGUACGCGGCCAACUUCCCGAUCCAGAAGUUCCUGCAGGCGCAGUCGAUCGUGAUGCCCAACGCCUACAUCUCGGUGGUGGUGCUGAUCCUUCACAUCGGGAUGAGCUGGGUCGUGGCCUACAAGCUUGGGAUCGGGCUGCUGGGCGCGGCCCUGGCCCUCAGCCUGUCGUGGUGGGUGCUCAGCGGGCUGCAGUUCCUCUACAUCGUCAAGAGCGAGACGUGCAGGCACACGUGGACCGGGUUCUCGGUGCAGGCGUUUCAUGGAUUGUGGGAUUUCUUCAAGCUGUCGGUGGCGUCGGGGAUUAUGCUGGCGCUGGAGCAGUGGUAUCUGGAUGUGCUCGUUUUGCUCGCCGGGAUGCUGGAGAAUCCGGAGCUUUCUCUGGAUUCGCUAUCCAUUUGUACGACGCUGCUGGGUUGGUUCUUUACCAUUUCGAUGGGGUUCAAUGCGGCUGCAAGUGUUCGGGUGAGCAAUGAGCUUGGCGCCGCGCAUCCCAAAUCGGCGGCGUUCUCGGUGGUGAUGGUGACCGGAGUUUCCUGCUUGGUGUCGAUCGUCCUGGCGAUUCUGGUGAUGAUAUAUCGUGACGUGAUCGGUCUGGCUUUCACCGGCGGGCAGGCCGUGUCGGCGGCGGUGUCCGAUCUGUGCCCCUUGCUGGCCGUUUCCAUCGUCUUCAAUGGAGUUCAACCUGUACUCUCAGGCAUGAGGGGGCUAAUAGCAACCAUUUUUAUUUUCAAUGUGUUGCUUGUGAUGAGGCGUGCAGGAGUGGCGGUGGGAUGUGGAUGGCAAGCUUUCGUGGCUUACGUAAAUGUGAUCUGCUACUACGUUGUUGGAGUCCCGUUGGGCGCUCUUCUGGGUUUCCAUUUCAAGAUGGGUGCUAAGGGAAUAUGGACCGGUUUGCUGAGUGGCACCAUAUGUCAAACCGUCAUCUUGGUUUGGGUUACGUAUCGUACCGACUGGAAAAAAGAAGUGGAGAUAGCAGAGAAAAGACUGAAUAGGUGGGAUGACAGCAAGCAAGAACCCUUGCUGCAGUAGUUGUCAAGUGUUCAGCAAUUCAAAGAUCGAUCCAUUGCGUGUUUAAUCGUAUGUUCGAGUUGAAAUAAGCACUUGUCUACCACUUCUCUCUCUCUCUGCUCCACGACCAUAUGAGGAAUCAAAGAUGCAUGGACCAGCGCUAAUAAAGUCCAAAGACAAACAGUUUCAUGGUUGAUGUUGUUGGUUGGCAUUGCAGUAGUACUAUUGUUGUCGCAUUAGGUUGUUCUCUCUUCGUCUAUUAUUGUCGCAUUAGGUUGUUCCACUUCAGAAAAAAAGAAGAAGCUAGAUUUGAUUCCCGUGGACGACAUUGAACCUUCAUCCACUUUGUUUUUUGUGUGUGAGUGUAUUGAUUUCACUGUUUUUCUUCGCUAUGAUCAAAGUCGUUUUUUUUUUGGCAAAAUCUGGACCUCAUCUCCAUUUCACGAGCAUUUAUCUGAUAUUCCUAAUUAUCUAGUAUUCGUUAAAUAUGUUCUCACUUAUGUCAAUCAUAGUGAGUGGGUUGUUGACAUAACUAAAGUUCGGAUUGCGAAGAACAAAUGGGUUUCGGGAAUGGAGCCGUGUGGAGAAACCUAAUGAUGGUGUGGUGUGGACAAUUAGAUGCGUAAAAUUGGUGCGGUCAAAUUAAUUUGACAAGUUUUUUUUUUUUUUUUUUUUUUUUUU